UGUGAUUGUUCUGUAAUUAAGAAAAAAAACUGACGGUCUGAAUUGUGUCAGAGAAGGAUUCCUCUCUCUCUUGCUCUUUCUCGUGUUUCAUUGAUCUUUGAACCGUUUUCUUUUUUAACCGUCUCUGUUUCUUCUUCUACUUCUACUUCUACUUCUUCUUCUUCCAAGGGGAACACUUAUCCUUAGAAAGUUCUUGAGAUUCUAUCUAAUGGGGAAGACGAGCGGGACGAGAGAUUGGGCUCAGAUCUACGCCAUUUACGGGAUCGAGCAGAAACACACUCUCCUCUUCCUCCUCCUCAACGCCAUCGCUUUCUCCCUCCUCUCCACCCUCUUCUUCCUCUACUUCCACCCCAUCUGCCUCUUCCUCGACUCCUUCCUCUUCUCCAGCUCCUCCUCCGCCGCCGCCAGAUUCUCCGCCGGAUUCUUCGGAGCAGUGACUGCGCUCUCCGCCGUGUGUUUGUUCUUCGCGGCGGCGAACUUUUUCUACUCCGCCGUGCCUCUCCGGUACGACAUGGCGCAGAGGAUGGUCGGAUCGGUGGGGGACUGGUCGAGCGUCAAGACGGCGCUUGAUCUCGGCUGCGGUCGAGGGGUCUUGCUGAAUGCGGUGGCGAGGCAGCUUAAGAAAACCGGUAGUUCGGGUCGGGUCGUCGGGUUGGACCGAUCCAUGAGCACUACUCUCUCUACUCUCCGCACGGCUCACAUGGAAGGAGUGCAAGAGUACGUGACUUGCCGUGAAGGAGACGUAAGACGGCUACCGUUCGGUGACAACUACUUCGACGUGGUGGUCUCCGCCGUGUUUCUCCACACGGUCGGAAAAGAAUACGGUCAGAAAACGGUGGAGGCGGCGGCAGAGAGGACGAGAGUGCUAGGAGAAGCGGUGAGAGUGUUGAAACCCGGAGGCGUAGGAGUGGUUUGGGACCUUGUACACGUGCCAGAGUAUGUGAGGCGGUUACAGGAGCUGAGGAUGGAGGAGAUUAGGGUUUCGAAGGGAGUCACUGCGUUUAUGGUUAAGAGCCAUAUGGUCUCGUUUAGGAAGCCAAGUCAGCAUUUUGUCGGUCCGGGAGAAGUGCGUUUAGAUUGGAGAUGUUGAAAGGCGUGGAAUUAUAAGAAUCUUUAAUUUUCAUACAUUUUCUUCUUCUGAUUAGCGAACCUAUGCGGUCAGAAUAUAAGAGAUAUCCAUCGAUCUGCAGUGCAUGAGUAUAGAUAGAGUUUGUGUAUUGUGGGGAGCUUUAAAAACACUAAAAUGAUCUUAAUUUUGUAUAAACCAAAGUAUCAAGCGGUCGAUUAUGGGCUAUCACCAACCAAAGUAUCAACUAUCCAUUAUACUUUGGUUUAUAGUUUUGACAUAAAUCCAUAUUUCACAAGGUCGAUUAUGUUUCAAAAAAUUAUAAACCAAAGUAUCAAAUAUUUAUUAUGUUUAA